AUGGAGGAAGCAAACGUGGACCUUACCGAUCCGCCCGACCAGAAGGACGAUUUUUCGUUCCCGGUUUUAGCGACUGCUGAUCCUCGCGCGAACGAGUUCCGGGACCGCGUCCGUCAGUAUAACGCGGCUUUCGCCUUUACCUCCAUCUCCUAUACUCCGGAUCAGCGUGUCAGUGGAAACUACAAACCCCUUAUGGUGGCUGGCGAGUUGUUUCAUCUGUAUGGACCAUUGGAACCCUCGGUUCAGGAGUCUGGGCAGGAGGGCAUAUCCCCAGCGUUCGCCCAGCUAUGGCUGUUAGAGGACCAACAGGCGACUAUCCCCAUCCAGGCGACUAUGGCGCUAUGA